ACAGACUCCGGCUCAACGCCAUCACCCGUCAGCGGAGAAUGCCAGUGUGGGCCGCUUGCUGGGGGCUUGACGCGACCCAGAGGUGAGCCCAGGCCAGAAUGGGGGACUCCAGGAACCUGUGCCCUCACCUUGACUCACUAGGGGAGGUGACCAAAGAGGAUUUGCUGCACAAAUCUAAGCAUGCAGCUGCUUUAGCUCGUGUCGCCUGCCCUUACGUCGGCUGCGGAGAAUCCUAUGCUGACCACAGCACUAUCCACGCCCAGGUUAAAAAGCACAACCUGACCGUGAACCUGACCACAUUUCGAGUGUGGUGUUACGCCUGCGAGAAGGAAGUGUUCCUGAGGCAGCGCUUGGUACCUCCCCCGCCAGGCCCCUCCCCAAAGUGCUUGGAGCAGGACUCCCCUAUGGCCUCUCACCCUCUGAAAGCGGUCCCCAUCGCUGUGGCCGAUGAAGGCGAGUCUGAAUCAGAAGAUGAUGACCUGAAGCCCCGAGGUCUUACUGGCAUGAAGAACCUGGGGAACUCGUGCUACAUGAACGCCGCCCUGCAGGCCCUGUCCAACUGCCCUCCGCUGACCCAGUUCUUCCUGGAGUGCGGCGGCCUCGUGCGCACAGACAAGAAGCCGGCCCUGUGCAAGAGCUACCAGAAGCUGGUCGCUGAGGUCUGGCACAAGAAGCGCCCAAGCUACGUGGUUCCCACCAGCCUGUCUCAUGGGAUCAAGUUGGUCAACCCGAUGUUCCGAGGGUAUUCCCAGCAGGACACCCAGGAGUUCCUGCGCUGCCUGAUGGACCAGCUGCACGAGGAGCUCAAGGAGCCGGAGGGCGUGGCGGUGACAGACGCGCGGGACUCUGACUCCAGCGACACGGACGAGAAGCGGGAGGGUGACCGGAGCCCAUCAGAGGACGAGUUCCUGUCCUGCGACUCAAGCAGUGACCGGGGGGAGGGUGACGGGCAGGGUCGUGGCAGCAGGGGCAGCUCACAGGCCGAGGCGGAGCUGCUGGGCCCGGAAGAGGUGGGCCGUGCCAUCUCCGAGAAGGAGCGGAUGAAGGAGCGCAAGCGCUCCUGGGGCCGGCAGCGCACGAGCUCUGAGCAAGUGGACGAGGACGCUGACGUGGACACCGCCAUGGCCCCCUUGGACAGCCAGCCCGGGGAGACUCAGCCAUCGCCCCGCUCGGCCAGCCCCUGCCGGACACCAGAGCCUGACAAUGACGCCCACAUGCGCAGCUCCUCCCGCCCCUGCAGUCCCGUCCACAAGCUGUCUAGCACCCCUCCUCGUGCUAGUCCUGCGAGGAUGGGGCCGGCCUAUGUGCUCAAGAAAGCCCAGGUCCUGCCCACUGGCAGCCGGAGGCGGAAGGAGCCGAGUUAUCGCAGCGUCAUCUCGGACAUCUUCGACGGCUCUGUCCUCAGCCACGUGCAGUGCCUCACCUGUGACCGGGUGUCCACCACAGAGGAGACCUUCCAGGACCUGUCGCUGCCCAUUCCUGGCAAGGAGGACCUGGCCAAGCUGCACUCGGCCAUCUACCAGAACGUGCCGGCCAAGCCAGGCACCUGCGGGGACAGCUACGCUGCCCAGGGCUGGCUUGCCUUCAUCAUGGAGUAUAUCCGACGGAUCGUGGUGUCCUGUACCCCCAGCUGGUUCUGGGGUCCUGUCGUCACCCUAGAGGACUGCCUCGCUGCCUUUUUUGCUGCUGAUGAGCUGAAGGGCGACAACAUGUACAGCUGCGAGCGCUGUAGAAAGCUGCGGAAUGGGGUGAAGUACUGCAAAGUGCUGCGGCUGCCUGAGAUCCUCUGCAUUCACCUGAAGCGCUUUCGGCACGAGGUGAUGUACUCCUUCAAAAUCAACAACCACGUCUCCUUCCCCCUGGAAGGCCUCGACCUGCGCCCCUUCCUCGCCAAGGAGUGCACGUCCCAGAUCACCACCUACGACCUCCUCUCCGUCAUCUGUCACCACGGCACCGUAGGCAGUGGGCACUACAUUGCGUACUGUCAGAACGUCAUCAACGGGCAGUGGUACGAGUUUGACGACCAGUACGUCACCGAGGUGCACGAGACGGUGGUGCAGAGCACAGAGGCCUACGUGCUCUUCUACAGGAAGAGCAGUGAGGUGGCCGUGCGGGAGCGGCAGCAGGUGGUGUCUCUGGCCGCCGCGAGGGAGCCCAGCCUGCUGCGGUUCUACGUGUCCCGGGAGUGGCUCAACAAGUUCAACACCUUCGCAGAGCCGGGGCCCAUCACCAACCACACCUUCCUCUGCGCCCACGGAGGCAUCCCGCCCAACAAAUACCACUACAUCGAUGACCUGGUGGUGAUCCUGCCCCAGAACGUGUGGGAGCACCUCUACAGCAGGUUCGGGGGCGGCCCCGCUGUGAACCAUCUGUAUGUGUGCUCCGUCUGCCAGGUGGAGCUCGAAGCUCUGGCCAAGCGCAGGAGGACUGAGAUCGAUACCUUCAUCAAGCUGAACAAGGCCUUCCAGGCCGAGGAGUCUCCGGGCAUCAUCUACUGCAUCAGCAUGCACUGGUUCCGCGAGUGGGAGGCCUUUGUUAAGGGCAAGGGCAGCGAGCCGCCAGGGCCCAUCGACAACAGCAGGAUCGUGCAGACCAAGGGAAGCGGCCACCUCCAGCUCAAGCAUGGCGCCGACUACGGGCAGAUUUCUGAGGAGACCUGGAGCUACCUGCAUGCCCUGUACGGAGGCGGCCCCGAGAUCGCCAUUCGACAGAGCGUGGCCCAGCUCCCAGACCCGGAGAGCUUACACGGGGAGCAAAAAAUCGAAGCCGAGACUCGGGCUGUGUGAUUGGUGGGCCAAUCUGAGACUCCAGGGUCCUCUCGGGCCCCGUCCCUCUCCAGAGACCCUCUGUGUCCCUCCAAGUGCUGGAAGAGCUCGUUCUCAAUCACACCCUCCACGAGGGCACUCCAGGGAGCCCAGUGUGGGCUCUGUGCCCUCCCCUGCGGGGUGCCAGGCACCCCAGAGGCGGGGCUGCCAUGCCGGCCCAGCGGUGCACAGAGGCCGAGAGGUGGGUCUGCCACAGGGCAUAGAGCUGCCACGGGGAACUAUAUGAGCGCCAGGCUUCUUUAAACGACGGAGAGUGUGACGUGGUCUGGGGCCUUCGUCUCGCCGUGGACAGACGAGUUACUGUCAUCGCUGAGCCCCCACACCUGCCCUCUGGCUCGCUCGGGCUUGGCUCUUGUCCCCGAGCCCUAGACCUGUGGCCCUCAGGGCUGGGGCCUCAGGUCGCCCUAUGUCAGUCAGAGACUGCAGCCUGGACAGAGGCUGGGGUGCUGCUGCUGCUGCUUGCUUCCAGACACCCGAGCUCGGGCGGGGGGUGCUGACACCCAUUGCCCGGUGGUCUGCUUCCCCCUGCUCUGGGCUGGGACAGGACACACUCUCGUGAUGGUGACUCGAGGUGAGGAGGUGUUUGACAAGAGAAAACAAUUCUGGAGGCAGCUGGUGCACCCUUCACCUGCCUGCCCAGUGUGCCUCCAUUCUGGGACAUUGCUGCUGUGAGCGCCCGCCCCUCCCCCGUUCCCCAGCAAGCCUCGUUCUGCUGUCAGUUCAGUGCAGCUUCCCCUCCCCCACCCCAGCACUGUGGGUGGAGCUGUGGGAGCCCUCACCCGGGGGGCGGCACCCAGCUGCUCGCACUAGUGGGUGUCUGGCUGCUGAGCCAGGCCACUGCUGGGUGCUAGGACUGACUGAGCACUCCAGAGCGGAGCCGUGUUUCUGGUGGCAUGGUUGUUUCCUGAGUGAGAACAGCAUGGGGGAGGGGCUCUCCCCAUCAGGCUCAGAGCAAAUAGGGAGUAGAGAAAGGGGUGCUUCCUGCAAAACCCCUAAACUGCUAUGGUCUUCAUCUCCGGGGUGUCCACGGGAAUCCAGCAGGCAGGUCUAGGCAGGGCCCCAACCCCUCUUGCCACACUUCCCUCGGCCCCACCUCUGUUCUGUGGGUUUCCCGGGGCUCCUCUUCCUGAAGGGGCCCAGCGCCCUGAGCACAGGCAGCCACUGGGGGAAGGACGCCCUGUCUUUUGCCGCAGUCUGGUCGCACUGCCGUUCCGAGGCCUUGCGUGCAUGCUCGGCCCCAUCCGAGCGGUCUGGUUUGUGUCCAGAAUGUCAUAAUUAAAUACAUAGCCGGUCCCCAUA